GAGAGUGAGAUCGAGAUGGCUUAUGUUGCUUUGACUUCUCUAAAGACAACAAUUGAGCUUCACUUUCUGCAACCCAUCCCAAGAGUUUCUUUUCGUGAUGAUCAAACACCACCCAUCAUCAAAUCUUUGUAUGAAAACCUUUCUUCUUUGCAGCCCUUUCUGGAAAAGAAAUCCAGAGCCGGUGGUGCUGCAAUCAAAUAUUUUGGAAUCCUAAUAAGAGACUUUGCACUCAAAGUUGAAGAUGACAUCGAAAUACAGCUAAGCACCUUUGUUGUGGCCAAAGCCAAAGACGACGCAGUGCAUGAAGAAGCAGCUUCCCAGCAACUGUGUCAAAUCUUGCAACAAGCACAAGAAAAGACUGCAGAUGUGGUGGAGAUUAUCAACUGCGGAAAAGAGUAUAAGAGACUGAAUGAUGAUUUAACUUAUCUCAAGAGAAUAGUAGAUCAUCAUAUGAAGUCUAUACAAUCCAAAGCGACAAGGGUGGUUUAUGAUCAAAUUCAAACCCAAUUCAAAUCUCUCAUUCAUAUUCGUGCUCCUGCUGCAAUCAAAGAUUUGGAAACACAAAUAGGAGAUUUAGUUGAAGAUGAGAUGAAGAUACACUUGAGCAAUUUUGUUCUGGCCAAAGACACAGUGGGUGAAGAAGAAGUAUCCCCGGAACUGUGUCAAACCUUGAAACAAGCAGAAGAAAAGAGAGUAGAGCUGGAGGAAAGACUGAAGACUUAUGAAUGUUGUGAUGAUUUAACUAAUCUCAUGACAAGAAUAAAUCAUUAUCAUUUUCCUUUGCAACUGAGAAGGGUGUUUUUCGACGUAAAUACAACACUAAGAUCUCUCAAAAAAACACUCUUUGAUUUGCAGAAGUUUCUGCAGAAAUCCAAUUUUGGUGCAGCUGAAAUCACAGACUUUGUACUCAAAGCUAAAGAAGACCUCGAAAGACAAUUUACAAACUUUUGUGUGGCCAACAAAGAGCACCCAGACGAUGAAAAAGAAGCUUCAGAAGCACUCUUUCAAACCUCGCAUCAAGCUACAGAAAACGCAGCACAGCUGUUGAGCACUAUCCACAACACAACAAGGAACGAAGCCAAUCAUGCUCAGUCUGAAUUUGAAUUCUCUCGGUGCUAUCCAAAACUUGAGGAGGGCAGAAUGACCGGUCAUCAAAAUGAAGUUAGUAUGAUCAAGAACAAACUCUUUAGUCACUUUCAGGGUGUCAAAGUAAUCCCAAUUGUUGGGAUGCUAGGCAUAGGAAAGACUACUUUAGCAAGAGAAAUCUUGAAAGAUCAAUCGGUUGCAUUGCAUUUCCAGGUACGAGGAUGGGUUACAGUGACUCAAAAUUACGAUGAGAUCAAUGUGGUACGCGACCUUCUCCAGUCAAUUUCACCAAAUCAUGAAAUUGAAACGGAAGUCUAUCUUUGGCGUGAGGUUUGUGAAUGCUUGAAGGAAAAGCGGUAUCUAAUAGUUUUGGAUGACAUAUGGAGCACUCAGCAUUGGGAUCGAUUACAACACUUAUUUUGCAAUUCUGCAGUGAAUGGAUGUUGCAUAUUGCUGACCACUAGAUUCUAUCCGGUGGCUGAUUAUGCUUGCACAAUCAAAGGUACACAUCAUGCUAUGAGUUUACUAAAUCCAAAUGAAAGUUGGGAUCUAUUUUGUACUAUCUUUCCUCUAGAGAAGUAUAGGGCACCGGGAUUUGGAAAAUUUAGGAGUCACUUGUCCCAUGUUGUGGGGAUAUGUGAAGGAUUGCCACUGGCAAUUGUUGUAGUUGCGGAGCGCUUAUCCAAAUGCAACAACAACAUACAACAUGAAUUGAAAAGGAUUGAGAAGGAAAUAGAAUUGUUGGGAAUUCUAGAUUACAAUACACUCAUUCUCAUGUAUAAUCAUUUGACCGAAAAUUUGAAACUUUGUUUUUUAUAUCUUGGAGUCUUUCCAAAGCGCAGUGAAAUUCAAGUUAAAACACUUCUUAGGUUAUGGAUUGCUGAAGGAUUUGUGAAGCCAUCGAUGAGUAAUAUGGAGUUAGAAAGCAUUGCUUAUUGUUACUUACAGGUCCUCAUUCGUAGAAGCCUUGUGUUAACAAGCAAUCGGACUUUUGAUGGCAAAAUUAAGACUUGUAGGGUGCAUAGUGUCAUGCAUAACAUCUGUUUCAGAGAGGCUCAGAAAGAGGGAAUUUUAUGUGCAGUAAAUACUCAGCGACUCCCAAGGUGGUCAUUAAAUGCAUUUGCAAAUUCGUGUCGCUGGUUUAGUUUAUGCAAACAUAGUUUUGACUAUUAUGUGUUGUUUAGUUUAAACAACCCUCGCUCCAUUUUCUUCUUUCAAGGGAAUCCUGAAAUUUAUGUACCCCUCAAGCUAUUAAGAGUUUUGGCAUUCGUUCCACCUCCAUUCCUCCAAAAACUGCCAAUGCAAUUAGGGGAUUUGAUAUUUUUAAGAUAUUUAUCUGUAACACAAUGGUUUGAGGGUUUGAGUGAUGUUGUGUCAAGUAAUGCGAAUUUGCAGACACUUAUUGUUUCCUGUAGUAACAGACAUGGAUCACCUAUUCUCCAUUUGCCAUCAUCAAUUUGGGAGCCACCACAGUUAAGGCAUCUUGAACUUGGCACUUGCUAUGUUGUCGAUCCUCCCGUCGUGGUAAAAGAGAAUUUGCGAACAUUAUCUUGGGUGACUCCAACUCAUUGCAGAAAUAAAGUGUAUUUCAAUUUCCCAAACAUAAAAAUACUGAAAAUUCUGUAUAGAGUAGACUUAGAGGCCAGCCAGAUUAGUGGAUCUUCCAGCAAUCGCUUCAUUUUGGAUAACUUGGCCUUGGAGUAUUUAAAACGGCUUGAGAGUCUAACAAUUACAGUUCCAGUUGGGUGCAUUGUGACAUUUCCUAAGAGGUGUAUUUUUCCUUUACAACUGAAGAAGUUGAAGUUGAGUGGUACUAAUCUUUCUUGGUGGGAUUUAAGAGUAAUUGGGACAUUGAAAUGGCUUGAGGUACUAAAGCUGGAAAAUGUGUUCAAUGGAAAAGUAUGGGAAGUAGUUGAAGGAGGGUUCUAUGGAUUAAGAUUCUUGCUUGUUAAAGAUGAAAAGCUCGAAAGGUUGGAGGCUUACACAGAUUCUUUUCCAUGUCUUGAGCACCUAGUCCUAAGAUGUUGUGAGUGUUUGGAAGAGAUCCCUAGCAGUUUUGGAGAAAUAUUCUGCUUCAAGUCAAUUGAAAUGGAUAGGUUUAGCCACCGCCCUUCCAUUGUUGCUUCUGCUAGGAUUAUUCAAGAGAAGCUAAAGAAGAAUUUUGGAAAAGAAAAUUUUGAGAUCAAAAUCCAAGGGCAGGGGCCUGAAUAUAUAGAAGAUGUUGAAAAGGCAAAUUCUAAGAUAAAAAUGGAGGAGGGUGAAUCAUCAGCAGGGGGAGGGGGGAAGAUGGUAGAGGAAGAAAUUGGAGUUGGGAAAUUGAAGUCUUACAUCCACAAAUUUAAAAAAAGGAGAUUGAGAAAUCUGUUAAAGAUGCGCAAGCCCCUAAAGUGGCUCGCCUCGCCUCUGCGGGCCAAUCAAGGAAAUGAGUCAAAUGUGGAAAUGGGCAGAACCUUUGGGAUGAGGUUUGGAGGAUUGCUUAAGAUUGAGCAAGGAGAAUUGCUUUUGCUUAAGAAUGAGCAAGGGGAAAUGCUUAAGCUUGAGCAGGAGCAAAUACUUGGGCUAAGAACUUAG